AUGACUGCAUCGACGGACAAAAACAAAGUUGACCUAUUCGCAGCCUUUUUUGAAAAGGAAAUAUUUCUCGACAAGUCUGAUUCUCUACCUUUUCAUCAACAAGUAACUGAACAUCUUACUCAUCUGUUUAAUGCAAUCAUUUCAAUUGGUUAUAUUCCAACCGAAUGGAAAAAAGCAAAUAAUAUCUUAAUACUUAAACAGAAAAAAGACAAAAAUCAACCUUCAAGCUACCGCCCAAUAAGUCUGCUUAGUUGGAUUGGAAAAAUCCUGGAGAAAAUUAUUAAACAAAGACUUACAACAGUACUUGAUAAAAGAAAUAUUGUUCCCGCUCAUCAAUCUGGGUUGCGCACCAAGAAGAGCACAAUGUAUAAUAUCACUCGUCUAAAGCGAUAUGCGAAAGAUCAACUAGGAAAACAACGUCAUUCAGCCACGAUUUUCUUCGAUAUUAAAGCGGCUUUCGACUCAGUAUGA